AAACGGGAAGGAAAUCACAAAUUUGCCGGGAACUGAAAAAGAGUUUGUGUUAAGCGAAUACAGGGAAGAUAUAGGGAAGAAUUAUAAUCGCUUAACACUUUUCAUUGCACUAAAAUCUGCAUAUAUGUACACAGAGAUUUCAAAAUUAAAAAGAAGUUGUGAUGAUAGUGAACCAGAGACAAUCGCAGAUCUUUCUGAUGAGAUGUUUUUAGAAACUGAUGAUACAAUUGGAAUUGAACUCUCACCUUGUCCAUCUUCAAGUCCAUGUGAGCCAUCAACUAGCUUGCAUAUUGCUACAAAUCUCCCAAUGAAUACACCUCCCAUAUAUAACUCCCAAAGUGCAAGUAACUAUGUAUCACGUAGCAAGGAGCUCAAAUGUGAGUGCCCAACAUGUCAACAAUACUUUUCAAUAGAUGAAAUAGCAGAGCAUGCAGAUAUAUGUUGUGACAUAUGGGUGGGAGCACUUCAAUCUCAAAAUACGGAUAGUGAAAAGAACAUUCCCGAAGAAAAUCCUUAUGUGGUGAUAAACCAAGAUAACACUACAAAUGUGAAAGAUAAGUUAUUGGAUAUUAAAGCUGUAACAUUGUCACCAAAGGCAGUAAGAUUAAAUGUUUGUAGAAAAAAUAUAUGGUGUGACUUCAUUGAGUAUAGAUCAAGUGGUAAAGUGUCACCAACUGACAGUGUAAAGAUAGUGUUUGUUGGAGAGUGUGCAAUUGAUGACGGGGGGCCAAAGAGAGAGUUUUUUUCAGAAAUGUUGGAGCAUAUGGAAAGAAGACUGUUCUAUAAUGGAAAACCUAUUAAUUCAACUGUCGCCAUCAUGAAUGGAGAUUUUCGUUUUGCUGGCGAGGUCAUGGUGAUGUCAUUACUUCAAAGCGGACCAGCUUCAUCUUUUAUAAGUCCAGAUGUUUACAAGUACAUCACCAAACAGGCACUCACAACAGAAGGAAUGCCCGACUCCAAGUACAAAGAAGCUGUUAAAAAGAUAAAGCAAGCUUGUGACGAUGAAAUGUUGAGGGAGAUACUUGUCAGCGAUGAUAUGAUUGAAAUGCUAUCAGAGGCUGGAUACACUGGUGUACCACAUAAAGAGACAGUGCAUACUGUUUCCAAAAUUGCUCAGUCAAUUUGCGUAAUGGGCCACUUUUCAUCAGUUCUUCCUCAAAUUAUGCAAUUGCUUGAAGGCCUCAGCAGUUGUGGUCUUAUAAAUUAUAUGAUAGAAAAUCCAGAGUUGUGGAAGCCAUUGUUCGAUCCUUAUAACGAUUCGUUUAAACUUUCUGCUGAUACUUUCCUCAAUGAAAUUAUUCCAACAUUCAGCAGUUCGCAGAUUCACAAGGAAAAGGAGGUUGACGUGUACAAGAUAUUUUGCGACUAUGUGCAAACCCUAGAUACUGAAGGAGACGUAUCCAUAUCAGCGUUUCUGAAGUGGUUAUCGGGAUGUAAGACUAUUCCAGUUCUGGGUUUUCCAAAAAAAUUUUCCGUAACGUUUGUACAUGAUUGCAAAGAAAAUUGUAAAUGUCGCCCCACAACAUCAACAUGCGAUCUUCUGCUGAGAAUUCCAGUUCAUAUAAGUAACAUUAGUGAGAUGGAGCAGAUGACACAAAUAUAAUACGAACUAAAAAUGAAUUUAAGUUUUAUAGCGUUAAUAACUCUCAUCUGUCCAUCGUAACUUUGCUAUAAUUCUA